AUGGCAGAAGAAGCACAGAACGAAGAAAUGUGUAAAAAUUGCUGGAAAUGGUCGGAAAUGUCUGGAAAAAACCAUCGGACCGUGACAAUAUUGUGUCCUAUUAUGAAUUGCUCACAAGGACGCUUUGUUGCGAAAACAGGGGCUACAUGUUUUAAAAAUGGCUUUUUCACAUUGUGCAUUGGUGUCGAAGCCGCAAAAGUUACAUUUCUUCUGGCGUGGAUUAAAGCUCCCACUGCCAUUGGCAAAUCGUCUAGCCCUUUGACAGCUCUGACAUCUGCACUUCAAGCAUACUUAAAUUGUGAAGCGAAAGGAAACUCCAGAAGGAGCUUUGCUCAGUCCCCCUCAACUGUCGAGGCUGCUGCUUUUACAGCUGAAGCCACGCCAUUCGAAUGCUCAACCUACCGACAAACAUCUUGGACAUCAGAGCAAUGUGAAAGUCGUUAUCCGUACCCCACUGAGUGCAUUGCUGCCCACAAGUCUAGAUUUUGA